AUGGCUGCAUCUGGGACCGGGAGCUGGGCACAACUACGACAACAGGCUCGUUCACUCGAGACGCAGACUGAUGCCUUGUUCCACACAUACUCUCAAUAUGCUUCCAUGACCAAUAUCCCUGCAAAGCCCGACGAAGACGAACAGCGAACAGAAGCUCAACUACAAGACAUACUCGAAAGGCGUUCAGCCCUCAUCGCGCAGCUUUCGCGCCUGCUCGACUCUGAACCCACCGCCUCGGCCUUGAAAUCCACAAACUUGGCCCGUCAUCGGGAGAUACUACAACAACAUCGAAGAGAGCUCGAUAAACUCAAGUCGAACAUUGGCCAUCAACGAGACCGUGCCAACCUCCUAUCCAACGUCCGCAAUGACAUCAACGCCUAUCGCGCACAGAAUCCCGAGCAAGCAGAAGCAGAUUACAUGCUGGACGAACGAAGUCGCAUAGACAACAGCCACAACAUGACCGACACGGUCCUCACAUCGGCAUAUGCCAUCAACGAGCAAUUCGGCAUCCAGAGGGACACGCUUACUAGCAUCAACCGUCGUAUAGUCGGAGCCGCCAGCCAAGUACCUGGAAUGAACAGCUUGAUGAGCAAGAUAGGCAACAAGAAGAGACGGGAUGGUGUGAUAUUGGGCAGCUUCAUCGCCUUUUGCUUCUUGCUCUUCAUGUACUUUUCGUGA